UUGAACUAGCCCCAUUUUAGUACUUUUUGUAAUAUAUCUUGGAUAGUCAACUCAUUGCAUAUUUAGCCAGUCCUAUUCUUCUUCGGAUGUUGCUCUCACUUGAACCUGUGUUAUCAAUAUAUGAGUCUAGAUACAUGAUCUGGUCUACAAUUUGCAAUCAAUGUAGAACAUCCGUCAGUUGCAGAAUAUCAGGACGAUCAACUCGGUUUAGAUGAUCCAGCAUUUCUUCUUCUGAUGCAUCUAUCUAAAAAUUAAAAUUAUAUCUCAUGUUUGUAAUCUUCUUGCCGGCAAUUAAGAUCCCUCCAUUCCAUUUGUCCAAUGCCUUCUCAUUAUGUAUUUUCCAUUGAUGUUAAAGAGAUGUAGAAAGAAUAUGCAUCUCUUUUACUACUAGUUUUAAAGAUGAACAAUCAGCAUUUACCAGUUGACCAACCUCCACCAGCAUUUUCCAGUUAACGCAGUCAAAAGCCAAGGUAAUCCAAGAAACAGAUGAUCAUUGGGAUAUUAAAUUCUCGAUAUUUUUCCUACCAAUGUAGAUUGCGACAAUGAAUACGGUUGCCCCAACUGACCUUUCUGUUUCAAACUUAGUUUUGUUGUUUGAAUAUACUUGAUCUGCAUUGUAACCGUCGAAGAGUUCAUUAAAUUUAAAAUUUCAAUGUUUUUCUCCCAAAAAAAUUUACAUUUUGCAAUUCCCACGUUUAAUAAAUAGAGUAUUUGAAAGUGUAAUUAGAUAUAAGGUGUCCUUGCCUGCGUCUUUAUAACGAGUUCUUAUUAAAUACUGAUCGUUAUUUCAACUGUUCAUCCGUUCAAAGUUUCUCAUAUAUAUUUUUUUAAGAAGAUGAAUUCUAGAUGUGGAGAAGAAAUUGUCAUCACAGGUAUCGCAGGCAGAUUUCCCGAAUCCGAUGAUGUUCGACAAUUCAAAGAAAACCUCUUCAAUAAGGUGAACAUGAUUACGGAUGAUAAUCGUAGAUGGAAACAAACACUAGCAGACGUACCACACAAAAUAGGUAAAAUACCUGGCAUCGAAAAAUUUGAUGCCGGUUUUUUUGGUGUCAACCAAAUGACAGCACAUAACAUGGAUCCAAUGUGUCGUUUAUUACUCGAAUGCGUUUUUGAGGCGCUACUAGAUGCUGGUCAUAAUCCUUCCGAUUUUGAAGGUACCAAAACUGGGGUUCACAUUGGAGUUGGUUUGUCAGAAACGGAAAAUGUAACGUUCUUCAAUAACUCGUCAAAUAACGGGUCUAUAAUUGGUUGUCAACGAUCGAUGUUGGCAAAAAAUAUAAGUUACUUUUUGAAAUUGAAUGGACCUUCAUAUACACUUAAUACAGCGUGUAAUAGCUCUAUGUCUACAAUUGAAAGUGCCUAUGCCGAGAUUAGAAACGGCGUAUGUGAAAAGGCGAUAGUAUGUAGCGCACAAGUAUGUUUAGAUGAGCUGGUAUCGUUAGAGUGUGCAAGAAUAGGUGUUCUAUGUUUUGAUGGAACAUGUAAAUCAUUUGAUGACGCUGCUAACGGCUAUGUAAGAUCAGAAGCAAUUGUAGUUAUUAUUUUGGAAAAAUUGAAAGAUGCAAAAAGAGUUUACGCAGAAAUGGUACAUUGCAAAAUAAAUUGCGAUGGAUAUACAGACGAAGGUAUUACUUUUCCUUCGCAUGAAUCACAACAAACGUUAUUAAAGGAAAUUUAUGAAGAAAGUCAAAUCGAUCCAACAACAUUAUCUUAUUUUGAAGCACAUGCCACUGGGACUAAUGUUGGAGAUAGUGAAGAAUUAAAGCCUGUUAAUGAAAUAAUUUGUAAAAAUAGGAAUCGACCAUUAUACAUCGGCUCCGUCAAAUCCAACAUGGGUCAUGCUGAAGCUGUAUCUGGAUUGUGUUCGGUAAUCAAAGUUUUAAUUGGAUUUGAAACUGGGUACAUACCACCAAAUAUGCACUAUAAUACACCAAAAAGAGGUAUAGAACCAUUGGAACAGAGAAGAUUGAUUGUGGUUACAGAAAAGACGUCCUGGCCAGAUGAUAAUGGAUUAGCAGCUGUUAAUAACUUUGGAUUUGGUGGUGUGAACGGUCAUCUUAUUUUACGGUGGAAUAAAAAGGUUGUAAUAAAUAACGGAAUUCCCGAAGAUGACCUCCCUAGAUUAGUUUGCGCGUCAGGAAGAACCAAAGAAACCGUAUUUUCCAUUCUUGAUAAUUCCACAAAAAUGAAUGCGGAGUUCAUUAGUUUAGUUCAUAACGUUUUUCGAAAGGUUAUUCCAAAUCAAUUAUACAACGGCUACAGUAUAACCAGUAAACACGGUGAAUUAGAAAGAAUUAUUUGUAAAAGCACAAUUAUUGAGAAAAAAAUUAGGAUUGUAUUUAAUAAUACAAAUGAGGAGUGGUCAGACGUCUCACAAAUGGUUUUAAAAAGAAUAAUCCCAUUAAACGGUGACCAGCACCACACAUUUUUCUCGCCAAUAACAGCACAACUUGUUCUGGCAUCUUUAAUUAAAGAAUUAAAUUUUGAAUUUGAUGAUGUUAUCGGAAUUGGUUAUGGUGAAUUGGCAGCAGCUUAUUUAAAUGGUUAUGUGUCAAUAGAAGAUGUUGUGCUCGUUAAUCAUUACAUUUUAAUUGGCAACAUUGAAAAAGCAUUGAAAAUUUUCGCCAAGAAACAUAAGAAAUUCAUAAAUGCAAGAAAUGGAAAUCCGAAUCUACAGGAUUAUUUGCUUGGCACUAUUUCAAAUCCCAACGAGUUUAUUCAUUCAAAAAAUAAUUUUAUAAAUGUAGUUAUUGGUCCGGAAUUGAAACAGAAAUCACAUAAUAACAUGACGUUAGUUAACGCGAAAAGUAAGGAACCAAUACUGAAUUUAUUAAGAAAUCUUGGAAGACUUUUUAAUCUUGGCCAUCCUGUCGACUUAAACAAGAUUUAUCCAUCAAUCUCUUAUCCAGUGAGUAGAGGUACACCAAUGUUAUCUCCAUCAAUCAAAUGGCAUCAUACCAAUAACUACACGGUUCAAUGUAGAAACAUUGGUAAAUUCAUGAAUCGAGGGAAUACAAAAGAAAUCAACACUACACUAGAGAAAUACAAUUUCUUAACAGAAUAUCUAAUUAACGGAAAAAGUAUUUUUCCAGCAGCAGGAUACCUUAUGUUGGCAUGGGAAACUUAUAACGAUAUAAACAACGACUAUUCAAGCAUCCCAAAUUUGGUUUUUGAAGAUAUUAAAUAUUUACAAAUGUCGAGCAUACCAACAAAUGGUAUUUUGAAAUUAACGGUGAUGUUUGAUUCGGAGAGUAAAGAAUUUCAAAUUUUUGAGGGAGGAACUCUGUUAGUCAGUGGAAAAUGUUAUCCUUUAACACAAGAAAAUUCUAUAACUUCUCGUCCUAUUUAUAAAGAAGAAACAGUAAUGACAUUUCAAACGGAAAUUGACGAAAACGAGGUUUACAAAGAACUAAAAUUAAAAGGAUAUUCUUGUGGAAAACAAUUUAGAGGAAUCAAGAAAUAUAAUUAUUUAACAAACACUGCCAUGAUUUCAUGGACCGGAAAUUGGUUAACGUUUUUAGAUAAUAUCUUACAAGUACAAAUAAUAACGAAUAAUACAAGAAACGUAUUUAUUCCAACAUCAAUUAAUAGAAUUGUUAUAAACGGAAAUUGUCAUUUAGAGGAAGCUAUUGAGCUUAAAGGAAUAGUACCCGUCAGUUAUCACAAAAAAUCAGACAUAAUUACGUCGGGUGCAAUUGAAAUUAUUGGUCUAAAAGGUGCGGUCAUACCUAAAAAAGAGAAUAUGGAACCAGUCAUAGAGAUAAAUAAAUUUGUACCUUUCCAUGGUAAAUUAAAACAUGAUGAAGCAGUAAAAUGUAUUGUUGAAAUAAUAUUAGAGAAUACCACUUCACAGUUACAAACUGUUAAAUCGAUUGAGGUAGUGACAGAAAACGAAAUUUUAACUCCUGUUGUAAAAGCAGUUUUGGAUAAAACACCUUUGCUAAAAGACGAUUUAAAAGUUCUUACAAUGCAUGAUAUCAAUUCAAAAGAAGACUUAGAUUGUCUUAUUUUUAUUGGAAAUAAUAUUACGAAAGACACCCAGUUACUAAAUAAAGCUCUACAAGCCACCAGAAAUACGCCUGGUUUUAUUAUUUCAAAAGAAAACGAAAUGUCACCCUCAAAUCCAAGAAUACAAAUAAUAUCCUCUUAUCAAACCGAAUUUAAUUACUUACUGCUCAUUAAAGAAUCUUCCAAAUAUAUAGAACCAGUUUUACUUAAUAUAAGUUCCAUUGAUGAUUUUUCAUGGAUUCAAAUUCUUCAAUCUUAUCAAGAAGUCACUUCAAAACGAAUAGUUUUGUAUUCCGAAAAAAAUCCACACACUGGUUUAUUAGGUUUGGUAAAAACUUUACUGAAAGAACCAUCAGUUAAAAAUAUUUCCGCUGUAAUUAUUAUGGAUGAUGUUCCAAUAUUUAAUGUUAAAGAUUAUUUUUACAAGUCACAGUUAGAAUUAAAUUUAACUAUUAAUGUUUUAAAAAAUGGAAAAUGGGGGAGUUAUAGACAUUUAUUUUUACCUGAAAUUGAUUGAAAGGUUAGGAAAAUGGUUCAAAUUUACAAUUUAGGUUGGAUAAGGGUUUUAUAUUUAAUUAGAUUAUGGUAAAUAGUUGUGGGAUAUGUUACUUAUUCUUAGGAUAUGGUUUGUAUACCUAUCAAAUAAAUGAUUCUUAAUUAUGAUUUCAUUUUCUAAACCAAUAUACAGUUAGUCACAAAAG